GCCCCUUAAAGAAAGAUGGCACAUUAUUUACAUAUUCAUCCGGUUUGACCAAUAAGCGCUCGCCGUUUUGGGUGUGCCGGCUGUCGGGAAAGUCACCUGAUUCGUCUUUCAAGAUGGCCGUGGCACUAGGCUGCUCAGCUUGGGGAAUGCAAUCAGUGCGGACCGUCCCAUAAGCCUCGAGUGUGCAGGGGGAGCCGGACCGAUCUACCAUCGCUGGGGCUUCCCUAAGAGGUGCACUGAGGGAAGAUUUGCUGUGACUUACCUCUGGAUGUUCUCCCCUCCCCACCCCCUUGUCUCCAGGAGUCCAGUCACAGUGGGAUGAUGCAUCCAUUUGGUAAUGAGGAAGCAGCCUCUCUGGAACAUCUCUUCUGUUUUUUUUGUGACUGUGUGCAGCGGGGAGACUGGGAGCUAGCACAGGCCUGUAUUCCUCAGUUACAUCAGUGGCAGGGGGAUGGCUCUGAGAAAGUUGCAGCUAUCCUGCAGGCUCUAAUAGCUUGUCCGUCUCAGUUAAGGUGUGGACAGAAUUGCAGCCCUCAGAGACUUGCUUGGCUUUGGCUCCUUGUGCUCAAGAAAUGGCUGGUAUGGGAUCAGAAAAUAAUUCCAGCUGUUCUCCAAAGAGAAACUGAAUUCUUACUCCUCUUAGAAGAACUGCAAAAGGAUGUCUCUGAUGAAGUCCUAAAGGAGCUGUUUGAAGCAUUUGAAUGUGUCCAGAGGAAGCAUGAAUCGGAUAGGAAGAAAAGAGAUUGCCGCACGUACAGAUUCAGUGUGGAAGCAACCUCGGCUCUUCGGAAGCUUUUGUUGAGGGCUCCCCGGCGGGCACAAGCCUUGCUGGAGUUCCUGCAGGGAGAACAUGGCACACCCUGCUCUGCACUCCAGCACAGUUGCUCUGUGCAAAACAUCUACGUUGACUUUCUCCAUGACUCCUUAAAGUCUCUGCAGAGGCUUCAGCGGUAUCCCAAAUCCUCAGGAGAAUUGGAUCAGAGUGAGACAGUAGAUGCUAUUUACAGUGUCCUCAGCGUGUUGCAUUUUGAAGUGGAGCAUCAGACUGGCGAGCUCCGACUCUUGUGCAGGGAGCUUUUGGAUGCUUGCUGGGCUGAAGGAAGCCCACUGAGGGAAGAGAGGUUACUGGGCUGCAUACUGAGGAAGCAGAGCCAUGCCUUGCUCAGUCUGUACAGCAACGUCUUCACAGAGAGGACAAGAGAGAAACUGUUGGGGCCAAAGUUGCCAGGAAAAGGUUCAUCUGAGCAGUUGGACACAGAGCGGGUAAUGCUGGCUUUGUUCGCAGAGCCUGAAGAGUUUUAUUCUUGGAAAACUGCCUAUUUCUACUGCCUGAGCAGCAGCAAGCACUUUCUGGAGCAGAUUCUGGUGACUGCAUUAACACUAUUAAAAAGGGAAGACUUCUCAGGCUUGAGCAGCUUACUGAGUCGAGAAUUCAACCCCCUCAGCCGUCUUCUAGUAUUGCUAGGGUGGACUCACUGUCACAGCUUAGAAUCAGCAAAAAACUUGUUAUAUGCUCUUCACAAAACUCAGGGUCUGUGCAAUGAUUCAGUAUUAAAAGAGUUCUGUGAUGGGCUGUGGGCUCAAGUGGAGGUUCUUGAAUGGUGCAUACAGCAAAACAGUAUUACUAUCCCAAAGAAGAUUCUUUUGCAACACUUGUACAGUCUGGAUUGCCACUCUGCACUCUACUCUCUUCAUCACCUCACCAACCUUCUGGCCCUGAAUGAAGAGGAUGUCAUUGAGCUUCUUCAGAAGGUUCCAGCCAGAGACCAGCAGACUCAGGCGGUGCCGGUUCCCAGCUUCCUGAGUCAGCAACGCAACCUGGUGCUCUUCCGGGCAUUUUGUGCCAUGAAAUACGCAAUCUAUGCACUGUGUGUGAAUUCACACCGUCAUUCGAAGUGCAAGGACUGCAUGCACACCCUUCUCAGUGACCUCCCUGAGGACUCGACCCCUCUUAAAGAACCGCCAGGAGAUCGGCCUCCUUGCCUAGAUUGUCCAGCUAUUUUUCCUCAGUAUCUUGCCAAGUGCCAGCAGUUCUUACGGAGUGUCCCUGCUCCUUUGCAUCUGGAGCUUCUGGAGAACAUCUUCUCCCUGCUUUUUGUCUCCUACAGUGACCUCUACACAGAGACUUCCCUGCCCGAGGACUAUGCAGAAGAGGACUAUAUUGUGAAAAAUUGCUGUGGUGCUGGGAACUUGGAUGGUGGUGCCAGCCGAGAGUCUUCCACCUCAGAAAGUCCACAGCACCCAGCAGAGCCUGAAAGGAAGGCAGAGAGACGUCCUCAGGCUCCCAGGACAGUCUACCAUGGUACCCAAACUCUGCUUGGCUCAGAAUUAAGUGGGGAGACCUGUGAAUCCUCCAGGCUGAGCUGUCUAGAUCUGAAACAUUUUGCCAGUGGUGUCAAUGGAUUUUUAGUGGAUGAUCUGGCAGUGGAUGCCAUCCUCAAGAUGCUCCUCAACCACCUGGAAGAAAUUAAGAAUUCUCUCCCAUGGGAUUCGAGUAACGUGCCCCAUGAGGAGCUGGAGUUGGUGGAGUGCUUGAAUUUCUCUGUGAAUAGAGAUGUCUUUGGGAGCAGAGUGCUGCAGUUCUCCAAAUACCUCUCUGAAGCUCAGUGGAGAUACAAAGUAGUGAUGAGUAACAGAAAUACAGAACAUCAGCUUGCAGCCUCCAAGAGACACUUCUCCUUAACCAGAUGCUCCAGCUUGAGGAAGCGCCGUCAAACUCAAAGAUGGAGGAUGGAUUGUAAAGAGGGAACUUCAAGUCAAUCACUGGAGAGUACAAGCAGUGAAUUGAGCACUAGCACAUCAGAGGGAAGUACCAGUACUGUGUCUGGCUGGAGUGACCUGGAAUGUAGGCUGAAGCCUCAGCAGCAGAACCUCCUCAUCCCCAUGAUGCUCUCCCCACCUGAGUCGCUCCUAGUCUCUUGUAUCCUGAGGGGGAACUUUAUAGAAGCCCAUCAGGUGGCUUUGAUGUUUAAUCUGGAGUCUUCGGGUUGCUAUGGUGAGCUGGUUUUCAUGGAACGCUAUCAAGAGGUGGUGCGGGAGCUCGCAAAAGUGGAGCACAAAAUUGCAUAUCAGUCAGCUGAUGGUAUUGGAGGCAUCAGGAGAUCUGGCAGUGGCCGCUCAACGCUUCAGGCUAUUGGGAGUGCAGCAGCGGCAGGUAUGGUAUUUUAUUCUAUCUCGGAUGUUACUGAUAAGUUGCUUGCCACCUCUGGAAGCCUUGUCCCUACUCUCCAAGAAAACUUUUGGACUAGCAGCAUCCAGCUGGAGCAUACAGAUCCUAUGAGUGAAGUUGUGGCAGACCUCAGCCCUUCAGCAAUGGCAGCAUUUGACUUAGCUUGUACUCAGUGCCACCUGUGGAAAACCUGCAAACAGCUGUUGGAAACAGCAGAGAGACGAUUACAUAAUAGCCUUGAAACAAGGGGCCGCAGACUCGACUUCAUUCUACUGCACUCUGAUGGCAUAAGGGGUUUCCCAGCAGUUCUUCAACAAAUAAAUAAAAUUCUUAACUACCCUUGCAUGUCACAAGGACAAUCCAAGUCAGAGGUCUCAGAUGAAAAAAUAAGUAGUCAGUUUCGAUGCAAUAUUGUGGACCUUCUGCAGAUGUGCUACUCAACUCUGACUGAGGAGUGUAUUGCUAAUCAGAUUGUUUUAUCGCAGAACCUAGAUCAAGUCCUGCAAACACUGACAAAUGUUGAAGAUUCUCCAGACUCCAAAGGGAGCCUGAUCACCAACUUGGUAGAACAGGCAUCUCUGAAGCCUACAGAGUUGGAGGCACAUCCAGUUCGUAAUCAAAUCCAACUUCUGUUGAAAACCCUGGACCAACACCUUCAGACCAUGCCAGUGAGCAGCGUGAGGCCGGACUGUGUGAAGAGCUUCUUCGAUUAUAUUAACACGCUGGCUGCUAUUGUGCUAUGGAGCCUGAAUACAGAGCUAGAUCAAACUGCAGAGGUGAAGGUGGGGAACCCUUUCAUACUGCUACAACAGAGCCCAUCUCACUUGCUCUCUCUGCUCUUGUUUGAGAGACAAGUUCCUCCUGACAGGCUCUCUUCACUGUUGGCAAAAGAAGAGUUGAACUUAAAUGUGCAGCAAGUUAUCAUUAACUGUUGUUGUGAGCCACUGUCCUUGUGCAGUGCCAGGCAAAGCAGCCAGACCAGGUCUCUUUUGACUAACAUCAGCAGCCUAGCACAUCUUCAUGCCUACCAUUGUUUGCCGGAUGUUGAGAUACCUAUCCACAAUCCAGCUAUGGACUCUGAGGAGGAUUCUACUCAGCCCUCUUCUUCCCUGACUGACUUGAACCAGCACACGCUCACUGCCUCUUCCCUGGCCUUCCUGAAGUGUCAGUCGAAGCUAAUGGCCACUGUGGCAUGUCUCUGUGCAUCCAAGGUACAGAAGGUCCCCAAACCAAGUCUGUCAUGGAUGGAAUUUCGGGGCAAGAGAGAGGUCCCCUUGGGCCUGGAGCAGAUUUCCAAAGAGUGUGAGACAUUACUGAAGGAGUUCUUGAUGCUGGAGAGUUUUCUUCUCACCAUGUCUGAGCCACUUCAGGAUCCCCAGGAGGAAGGUAGUGGUUUGGUUAGUGGUCUCUGUGGCAAGCCGUACAUGUCACUUGUCCUUUUGGGCUUGCAUUCUACCAUGGCUGUUGAGGUAUUAAUGGAAGUCUUUGAGCAAGCGCUCGCUGCAAAGGACUGGCCCAGAGCCCUGAAGGUCUUGGACCUGUACAGUCAGGAUAUGGAGGAGCUGACCAGCGUGAGGGAUGCUGUGCUGAGCUGUGCGACUGCUGACGAUAAAGAUGGUUGGCAGUAUCUGUUCCCAGUGAAGGAUGCAAUGUUGAGAAGUAGAUUGGCCCUGCGCUGCCUGGACAGGUGGCCCCUUGAGGCUUGUCUGGAAAUCCUAGCAUACUGCAUCUGUGAUCCUGGCAUAACCGAAGAACUGAAGUCUGAUCUGCAGAGUAAAACAGGAGAACUGCAGGUUUAUCGAAAGAUUUUGAAUUUGCAAGAUGUCCCAACAUGGAAUGACUGGCAAGAUCUGAAAGAAGCCUGCAUUGAUGAUCCCCAGGCUAUCAUGAGUGUUAUUCUGGAGGCAAAGGAUUAUGAGUUGUGUGAAGAAUGGGGUCACUUAUACCCUGUCCCAAGAGAACACUUGAUCAGCCUUCACCAGGAGCACCUCCUGUACUUGCUGGAAAUGGGAGACACUGAAAAGGCUUUGCAGCUCUUAGAAAGAAUAGAAGACUCUGAUACGCGCCUUGUGAUAAGCGAACAGUCUCUUGACAAGCAUCCCAGCUUGGCAGCCUCUCACUUCCUAGCGAAUUAUCUCACUACCCACUUCUACAAGUACCUGACAGCUACACGCCAUAACGAAAUCCAGGCUCUCUACAUGGGAUCAAAGGUGUUGCUGACUCUUCCUGAGGCCUACCGUGCUAGCUACUCCCAUCUGUCCUCCAGGCCACUGCUCAUGCUGGAGCAGCUGCUCAUGAACAUGAAGGUGGAUUGGGCAGCUGUGGCCGUACAGACACUGCACCAGCUCUUGAUUGGGCAGGAGAUCGGCUUCACUGUGGACGACAUGGAUGCUUUGCUCUCCAAGUAUUCAGAGAAAGCCCUCGACUUCCCCUACUCAUUAAAAGAGAAGAGAUCAGAUUCUGUGAUUCGCACCCAAGAGAGUCUCAAUCAGGUAUCAGAGUCUGACACCUUGUCUAAAUCAGGAUCAGCAGAACUGUCUCCUGCCAGUUUUCCUGGUAUCAUCCAAUCUUCAAGUCCAAGAGAGAGAAGCCUGCCUCGGAAUCUGUUUCCUCAAGAGUUUGUGCCACCUGAGGUGCCACCACCAAAGCAGCAAUGGAUCCCCGAUGAAACUGAAAUUACAUGCAUGGUCUGCAAAACAGAACGUUUUACUAUGUUUAAUAGGCGCCAUCACUGCAGACGUUGUGGGAGGUUGGUGUGCAGUUCUUGCUCUACCAAGAAAAUGGUGGUGGAAGCUUGUAGAGAAAAUCCGGCUCGUGUAUGUGACCAGUGCUACAGCUACUACAACAAGCAUUGUCCACCUGGCUUAGUCCAAGACACAAGCAUCACAAAAGAGGAAGAUCAAGACUUGAGGGAAGCAGUACAGACCUGUGGUAAUGGAAGUUUGGAUUACUCUGUAGUGAUGCGAGUACCCAAGGCAACUGAACUUGAGUGGCUUCUUUCUUUGAGUGAAGAUGAAAAUGAAAUUGUGCGUAAUGAAUUUUAUUAUGAACAGGCCCCUAGUUCUUCCUUGUGUAUUUCCAUCCUCAGUCUGCACUCAGAUAGCACAGCAUGUGGCCACCAGAUGAUACAGCACUGCUGCAAAUUGUCCCAAGGUCUGAUUAACCCUGAAGUGGAUGCUGGGCUUCUCAUGGACAUCAUGAAACAGCUGCUUUUCAGUGCCAAGAUGAUGUUUGUAAAAGCUGGAAGGAGCCAGGAUCUAGCUUUGUGUGACAGUUACAUCAGCAAGGUGGAUGUGCUGAAUAUUUUAGUUGCUGCUGCCUAUCGCCAUGUACCAUCUCUGGAUCAGAUUCUGCAGCCUGCAGCAGUAACGAGGCUAAGGAAUCGGCUUUUGGAAGCAGAAUACUAUCAGUUAGCUGUUGAGGUUUCUACAAAGACUGGGCUGGAUCCAGGUGGAGCAUGGCAUGCCUGGGGCAUGGCUUGCCUUAAAGCUGGGAACUUAAGUUCAGCAAGAGAGAAAUUGAGCCGAUGCUUAAAGCCACCCUUUGAUCUGAACCAGUUGAAUCAUGGCUCAAGGCUGGUCCAAGAUGUGAUACAAUAUCUGGAGUCCACCGUGAAACCCGUAGUCCUGGUGCAGGACGAUGACUACUUUGCCACAUUGAGAGACCUGGAAGCAACCCUGAGAACACGAAGCCUGUCUCUGGAGAUGAUGUCCGAAGGGAAGAUCCAACACAACAGCUACUAUCAGGAGUGCUUGUUCUAUUUACACACGUAUGGCACUAACCUAGCAAUCAUUAGCUUCUACAUGAGACAUGACUGCAUGCGAGAAGCACUUCUGCAUUUGUUAAAUAAGGAGAGCCCACCAGAAGUGUUCAUUGAAGGGAUCUUUGUCCCAAGUUAUAAAAGUGGAAAACUGCACAUGUUGGAGAACUUGCUGGAAACCAUUGAUCCAAGUCUGGAGAGCUGGGGUAUCUACCUGAUUGCAGCCUGCAAACACUUGCAGAAAAAGAACUACUACCACAUUCUGUAUGAACUGCAGCAGUUUAUGAAGGAUCAUGUCCGUGCUGCCAUGACCUGCAUUAGAUUCUUCACUCACAAGGCAAAGUCUUACACAGAGCUGGGAGAUAAACAGAAAUGGCUCCUGAAGGUCAAGGACCACCUCAAAGUCUACCUGCAGGAGGUUUCAAGGAGUUCCGGAAGGAAAAAAGCUGCUUGCACUUUUCGGAAGAAAAUGACAGCCACUGAUGUGUCAAGGCACAUCAAUACAGUUGAGCUACAGAUGGAAGUCACCAAGUUCCUGCAUCGGUGUGAGAGUUCAGGGACCUCUCAGAUAACUGGCUCAACCUUGCCCACACUCUUUGGAAACAAUCACAUGAAGAUGGAUGUAGCUGGCAAGGUCAUGCUGGAAGGGAAGAACAUUGAAGAAGGUUUUGGAAUUGCAUUCAGAGUCCUCCAGGACUUCCAGCUGGAGGCUGCAGCUGUGUACAGUAAAGUGGCCAAGGCGCUGGUGAAGCAGCAGAACUACAGUGAGAUCCGGCAGCUCCUUAAAUGCGUCAAUGAGUCUGGAGUUGCAGCCAAAAAUGACGGGGAUAUCAUCAUCCUAAACUGCCUGGAUGAGUUUAAGGAUAUCCCCUCUGAGGAUCUGGACAAUCUGAUCCAGGAUAUGGACAGCGAUGAAAACAAGAUCCAAGCCUACCUGAAGUGCAACAAGCUGCGUUCUGCCUACCUGGUCUCAGUGAGACAAGAGAAUACCAGAGCUGUGGAGCUGGUGCAGCAUGUGCGGCAGUUGGCCGAGAACAGCGGGGAAGACGUUGUGCAGGCCAUCUGUGCCCAGUGGCUUUCAGUGCACCAGCCCAAACAAAAAAGCUGGUUCACCCAGACCACUAGGAAAUAACUUCCAGGCACCAACAUCCAAAAAGGGAAGACUUCAUAUGGCACAGAGAAGAGGAGCUCAGCGAUCUCUCAGUGACAAGCAGGAGCUGCUAGAGUGCCUGUAGCUAAAGGGAAGGAAUUUACUUCAUACAAGUGCCAAUCCUGUGUUCUAAUGACCAACAAUCUCUACCUCAGGGUGUUUUCUGUGUGUUUUAAACCUGACCAAGCAAGACUAAGGAUUAUGGAGAACGCACUUUUCUGCUCUUUCAUAGAGGCGUUGAUUUCUUUUGCAAUGGGUUUGUUUUAACCCAGUAAACCUGUGUAUAGUUGAUGACCAAAUCCCAUCCCAUCUCAGCUCAGUGUAGGUUGAAACCUAAAUCGCUGAUUUCUAUUAGCCAGAGCCAUUAUAUAAUGAAUCUAUCAUUGCAAAGGUUGAAGAGAGGUUUUAUUUCCAUUUACAUAGACUUGGGACUGAACUUUUGAGGUGACUUUUUAAAGAUCUAUACUAAUUAUCACCAUGUUUUUUACACUAGCACAGUAUGUGCAAAUCCUUUAGUUGGUUUGAAAGGUAAUGGCUAGUUGUAUAUGGCAGGUGUCUCUAUGCUGAAAUCACUGGCAAGUGUUUGCCUGCUGCUUGGGCCCUUGGAUGGAUGGAUGUAAUUGGAACGGGAUGCACUACAAAGGGGAGACAAAGGGAAACCUUAAAAUAGGAUGAGAAUGUCUGUGAGAAUUGUCUUGCUUCCCUAGUUUAAUCCACUAAGUGAUACAACUGUCAUUGGAUAGUCACAAGGACUCUUAUGUCCUUCUCCGUAGUGUAAGCAAGCUGAGCAAUACACCCCUUGCACUGUAGGGAAAGCACCUUCCUUUUAUAAAAGGGUUUAUAUGGUGAAAUUUAAUCACCCAGCAAAGUAAUAGACUGCUGAGCCACGCAACGAGUGUCCUUCCCAACGCAACCUUUCCCCUUCCGACAAAGUGAAACAUUUUGGACUGAAUUGUUAUAUACUUUAAAAAAAACCAACA